AUGCACCAGACUAUCGGCAACAUUUCUUACUACUACUCUUUGUUCUCGAUGAUCUUGGCAAUGAGCGGCAUGGUCCUAUUCAACGCUUCACCAAUAAUUACAAAUAUCAAAAAUGGAGCUUUCACCAGCCAAGGAUCAGAAAAUAUGUUCGCGUACUCGAUCCAUUUCAGCUUUCCUGGAUUCAACCCGAUGGAAUAUUUCACUCCCACUACCAUUUACAAUUUCUACUUGAGCUACGUGUGCGCUGCGAACAUAUGCGCAAUGGAUUUGCUGCUAUUUUUAAUGGUUUUCCAAAUCGUUGGCCAUAUUCUGAUUUUACGUAAUAAUUUCGAAAUAUUACCGAAACCAAAGCGAAUGGUGUUUGACACGGAAGAGAAUGAAAUUGUCCGUAAAAAGUUGAUAGCUUGCAUAGAUCAUCAUAGGGAGAUUUUCAAGUUUACUGAAGAACUGUCUACGUUCUUCGGACCUGUCCUUGGUUUCAAUUACGCAUAUCAUAUGUGCGCGUGCUGUUUGCUGAUGAUGGAGUGUUCACAAGGAGAUGUUGAUGCAAUAAUUCGCUUCGGACCCCUAACUAUUAUUGCGUUUGGACAACUUGUUCAGAUGUCAGUUAUAUUUGAAAUUGUUGAUACUGUGAGUGAAAAGCUGAAGGAUUCAGUGUACGACGUUCCGUGGGAAAGCAUGGAUACAAGGAAUUGUCGUCUCGUGAUCAUCCUACUGAACAGGGUUCAGAGCCCAUUGCAUGUCACUGCCAUGGGAAUCACUCCCGUGGGUGUCACUACCAUGGCUGGGAUUUUGAAGACAACGUUUUCGUAUUACGCUUUUCUUCGCUCAGCAAGCGCCUAA